AUGUUUGAAUAUUUUACCGCAUGGCAUAUCCCGCCUCUCUUUGUGGCCACGGCCACUACUUUCGGUGGAUUAAUGCCCUUCUGGAACGCCAAGUACGCCAUUGAAGAAUUCGGCCUUCCCAAGCGUAUCGCCGUCUCGAAAGAAGCUCAAUCCGUGAUGGUCUCAGGCUCGGGACAGACCACAGCACUUGGACUCGUACUCUUCGCUUUUUAUUUCCAGGGGAAAUUUCGCGAGGUCGAUACCAUCAUGGUCAUUCUGGCGUAUCUUGGGCUAGUUGAUGGCUAUGUCUGUUGGCGCGAAGGAGUUCCUGGGACAGCACUCUUUCGAGCUACUUCAGGAUUGUUGAUUGCUGGAUGGGGCUGGUUUGGCUUGACGAGCACAUAA